AUGGCUAACAUGAUCAAAAAGAUAGUCCCGAGUUUGAACACUUCUGUUGGUGUUAGUGCUAAUGCUGGCUUGCAGUUGCAGACAUCAACUUCUGUUGGUGUCACUGCUAAUAUUGCUGGUUCGCAGUUGCAGGCAUCAGUAGAUUUUGGUACGCUGAACCCAUUCAGCGUGGCUGAUGAUGUCAUCUCACAAAACAUUAUUGGGAUCCAUGAUUCCCAGGCUGUUAGGCACGACGUCGAUUCUCUUUACAAUGUCGUCACGAACAUUGUUCAGAGCUCCACUCAUAUUGAUGGCUCCCUCGAUCUCAAGCGUGCUAAAUCUGUUGAACUCGUGGAAGACAAGGUUCCUCAGUCUGGUUUCAUGCCAGCUUACAGUACGCUGAAAGAAAUUGCUUGUCAGAUGACAUGCAAGCCAUUCAAUACAUCGAAUGCACACGUGUCUGUAGUGGGGAUACUUGAAAAGCUUAGGAGUUAUACAUGGGAUGCUAAAGCAGUGAUAGCUUUGGCGGCAUUUGCUUUGGACUACGGUGAAACAUGGCGCCUUUCACUGAUGAAAGCAGCUAGCAAGGAAAAUGCAUUGGAGCUUCAUGUGUUCAAGCUUGGUGAGUUUGAUAAACCCAAUCAGCCAAAUGCUGACCUUAUCAGCACUCUGGUUGAUCGCACUUUGCAACUCAUUGAGGGUAUCAUUAAGUUGGAAAAGCUCAUUUCUAUCAACGCUUACGGCGCAAAGGAUGUUCCUGCUUUGUAUAAAGCUCCUCGAGAUCUUUACACCUAUUGGGCAAUCUUAUCCCUUCUAGCUUGUGCUAAUCAGAUGACUGAUCUGGACUGGGACAUCAAAUCUGAAGUGGUUGGGAGGCUCAAAAUUGUUCUGACACAAUUGAAUACUGAUCUGGAAAAAAUCAAAAUCCAAACAGAAAGUCUUAAUGAUUUGACAUGGCGUUUUACUGUCUUCCAAACUAAUUCAGGAAUUUUGGAGCUUCUAAAAGCUCUGAUCUUCCCUAGAGAUAUUAAGCAACUCGAAAUCUUCGAUAAUACUGCUCAAGAGUUGGUUAACCACGAAGUGCUGAAGACAAAGAACCUACUAUUGUUCAUUUCUGGUCUUGACAACAUUGAAGAUGAGAUUUGGGCUCUAAAGUCAAUUCACGACUCAUUGACCAAAGACAAAGACAAACAGGAUUACAAGAUAUUGUGGAUUCCGGUUGUGGAAAAAUGGAACAACGAUGAGAAGAGUGAGUUUGAGAAGUUGAAAUCUCUGAUGCCAUGGUACGUUGUGCACUACUUUUCACUUAUAAAAGGUUUCAAAGUUCUACAAGAGGAGUGGAACUACCAGGGUAAGCCUAUUGUGGUGGUAACCAAUCCUCGCGGGGAGGUAAUUAACAAAAAUGCAUUGCACAUGAUUUUUGUGUGGGGCAUUAAAGCUUUUCCCUUUGGAGUUGGGGACGUUGACAAACUUUCCCAGCACUGGAAUUGGUUUUGGACCGAGGCACAUAAGAUUCAUCCCACUAUUGAACAAUGGGUGACCCAGGAGCAGAAGUAUGUCUUCUUUUAUGGAGGUACGGACAUCAAAUGGACACAAACGUUUGGUUCUCUUGUGGAUGACAUAAGAAAGGAUCCCAUUAUGAAGGAGACAGACACUUAUAUCGAGCAAUUCAACCUGGGAACAGUUGAUAGUAACAUUACAUCCAAGUUCUGGGUGAACAUAACCAACUCGUUUCUGAGCAAGAUUCAAAAGGAUCACUUUGAGGUUGAUCUUGUCCUCAAAGAUAUACAGACUUUGCUGUCUAUGCAAACUGAGAAGGGAUGGGCUCUUUUUAGUAAAGGGGAGAAUGUACUAGUAAUUGGUUACAAUGAGUUGAUGGUCAAAGUGCUAGAGAACUUCAAAAUUUGGAGGACUAAUGUGUUGGAGUUACAAGGCUUUGACAAUGCAUUCAAACACUACUAUGACCAAAUCAGUACAACCCUUCCUCUUCAUUGUGUCCACUUCCAAUUGGAAAAUAUUCGCUCUGGAGUCCCAUUGGGCAUGGGUUGCCCAGCACCAUCCUGUAAUCUGAAAAUGGAGAUAGAAUCUGUGAAUUACAAGUGCUGCCAUGGGAUACAUUAUGACCAUGUCACUGAAAAUGGUGAAGCUCGCACCCUAGAGCUAUGAGUGUUUAUGUUGUGUGUGUUGAGGUAUAUGCUCCAUGGGCAUGAGUGUUUACGUUGCUGUGUACGUGUGUUGAGAGGUACUCUCAUCAAGGCUUGUUUUACCUACUAAAUAAUGUACCUCUGUUUAUGCAUAUUUGGCUUUUUGCUUCAAUAAAAUAAAUGUGGAU